AUGAAUAUGGAUAAAAACCACUUAAUUAGUAGUGCUAAUUUGGGUAAUCUCAGAUAUACUUAGUAUCGCCAUUCUAAUGGAAAGACAAGUUUUUCAAAAACGAAGUCUACUUAGCAAUACACUUACCCUCAUGUCUACACUCAUUCCUAAUAACAAACAAUAAGCAAUCCAAACAGAGGUUAAGCAACCACUACAUCGACAAAAGAAACGACUGAAAAUACAAGCGGAAGUGGAGCAGCCUCAAGACCUCAGGAUUUUCAUCAUAAAUUGCAAAAUCAGGUUACUUCUAAGCUUCGCAAGAUGUAUACGAGAAAUCCAUCUACUUAAGGAACACAAAGAAAGAUUGAUAUAAUACCAACACCCAAAGUUAAACAGGAACUGAACAGAAACCAUAGCAGCGCAAAUAAUUAUAACUAGUCAAGCAGCAGCUAUAAUCAAUUUAGCACUAGCAAGAAAUAAGAUAAUCCAAAAUAAGACACAGCCCAGACAAUUUCAACUUCAAGCAAUACUUAUGACAAGAUGACUGUGAAUCAAACACCGACAAAUUAAUAAACUAGAAAUAGCUUACAAGGAAGACCAAAAACGCAGAGCUUACUAUUUAGUCAUCAAUAGUCUAGAUAGCUUUUACGUCCACUGCACAAAGACCCAACUGAGGUCCUUUUUAAUCCUGUUGGCUACUACAACAGACUUCUUUAAGAAAACAUUGACCAAAAGAAAAAAGAGUAAAUUCUUGAUAUGAGAUCCUCUAACAUUCCUCCUGCUUCUACAGCUAAUGGUGUGAGACCAUAGUCAUCAAACGUUUAUUCAAAUAAAUUGAAGUAUAAGUCAAGUAUAACAAUGAAUGGCAAUCUUAAUCUUAAUAAGGUUAAUUCUUUAAAUGGAUUUGACAGACCCAUCACAUCUCACACUAAUAAUAUUCCAAUGAAUAACUACACUUAUGGAUUGAGUCGUCCAAGCUAUGGUGAAAGUACUCUCAACAGACCUGAUAACAAGACUAGUUCCAAAAAUAUACUUUAUCAAAGACAAGACUAUCAAUAGCAAGACUAACUUAACCAAAAUCAGUUUUAACAUGAGAAGUAAAAUAAUUUUCAAAUCCCCAGAUUUAUCUAGCAUAGCAGGACUUCUUCUCAUAAGCUAAACUAAAAGAGCUCAAGCUAGAUAUUUUCUGAUCUGAAUGAAGAUAUGAUUACGAAUUAAAAAGAUUAAUCUAAAUUGGAAUAUCCAGAUAAUACUAAUAAUUGUUAUAAUUACUAGCCAAGAAUGAGCCUUAAUAAAUAAUCUACCAAUGAUUUGAAUCUGCACUUGGAUGAACGACCUUCUACAAGUUAAAUAACUGCAAAUACUAGAAGAGGUUAUAACUAUUUCUAUAAUGCAAAGUAAUAAAGGCAUUACACAAAUAAUGUAGAAAAGAUUGAUAGAUUUAUGAAGGAUCUUGAUCAAAAGUAGAAAGAUAGAGAAGCAACCGAUGGACCAUUUUCUGAUACUAUUAAGGACUUUGCUUUUAUAAAGGAAUUUCAGGAAUUUUAAAGGUCCAAGCUACAGUGGCAAUUUUAUGAUAGAUAAUGGGGACUUUAUCUAUAAAGAUCUGAUAUCUAAAAUGUCAAUAUUGAACUACCUCUCCCUCCUUGUAAAUUUGGUCUAUUCUUCUUCAUUAAAGAUAAGAUUUAUCAAGAAUACAUUUAAAAGUAAGAGAACUAGUAAUAGAACAAUAAUAAAGAGAAGUCCGUGCCAUUCCUUAACUAAAUUAAUAAUAAAAAGCUUAUGAAGAAGGUUAAAUAAGAAAUCAUGCGUCGAUAUCAUCCAGAUAAACAUAAUCAAGUUAUAAACAAUGAUAAUCAGCAGAGCAUCGAAAGUAGUAAUAAAUUAGUAGAAGAGAUUAAUGAAAUUUGUAGAAUAGCGAAUAUUAUUUAUGAAGCAACUCUCAAAUUAUGA